CUUCAGAGAGACUAUCCACCCUCAUCAUCCUCUGCCGUGAAGUGAAGCAGAAAAUGCUCCCGGCGGGCGCAGGGUGAACUCAGCCCGGUAAGAUCGACGCCGAUGCUCCGGUCCUCACGAGUCACCUAUGGACAUGUAUCAAGGCGUAACGAUGACCACGAACCACGGACCCGCGUCUUACGAGCCCGGUUUCCUCCAUAACGCCGCUUCGCCGGUGUACGUGACGCCCACUCGGGUCACCCCGAUGAUCCCGGCGCUGCCGUACCUCCAGACGCCGCAGCAGAGCAGCCCGGUGUCCGGACACUCGGGAUGGGCGCAGCCGGGCGCGGAUACGGUCGCUUCUUACAGCUCCACCGGCGGGCACCAUCAUUCUCCGGUCUCCAGGUUCACGUUCUCCACGAGCCCUCCGUUAACCUCCGGGGUCGCGACGGCCCGAGAGACUGCGAGUUACACGAGUCCGCUGAACAUCUCCGCUGGCGGGCGGGAGCACUACGGGACCCGCGGUCUGAGCGGAUCCUAUCACAGCGGGUACCCGGCCUACGUGAGUCCGAACAUCGGAGGCUCUUGGACGGCGUCGCACUUCGACAGCUCCGUGCUGCACGGCCUCCAGAGCGGAGGAGCGGCCGGUGCCGCGCGACACCCGAAUUUAGAGCUGCUGGAGGAUUUCUCUGAGGGUCGUGAGUGUGUGAACUGCGGGGCGAUGUCCACUCCUCUGUGGCGGCGGGACGGGACGGGUCAUUACCUGUGUAACGCCUGCGGUCUCUACCACAAGAUGAACGGGAUCAACCGGCCGAUCAUUAAACCGCAGAGACGACUGUCUGCGUCCAGACGGGUUGGUUUGUCCUGCACUAACUGUCAGACGACCACAACCACUCUCUGGAGACGUAAUGCAGAAGGAGAGCCGGUCUGCAACGCCUGCGGACUCUACAUGAAACUCCACGGGGUUCCUCGUCCUCUGGCCAUGAAGAAAGAGGGAAUUCAGACCCGCAAACGCAAACCAAAAAAUAUCAGCAAGUCCAAACCUGGGUCAUCUGAGGGUCAGACGCAGGCCAGUCCCACAGAUGAGCCGCGGCCCAUAAAGACGGAGCCAGACACGGCGUCAAUCUACACACACCACAACAUGAACACACCGGUCUCUGCCUUUCCGUCUUAUAUGGGAACUCCGAGCUCAAGUUCUGCUCUCAAACUUUCUCCAAGUGGAUCUUCCAGCUCCAAAAGUGAAGUGUGGAACAGCCUGAUUCUGGCAUAAGAAACCGAGAUCCUCCUGCUGAAAGCGUCACUCCCUGUAGAGCUCAGAGCCGGCCUGCAGAACCUCGUCUGAGACCAGAAGAUCUGGUCUAUCUGGUGCCAGAACCAACAAGCUUCAAAUGAAAUGAAGUGGGACCCGAACGCUGUGCUGGAUUCACAUCAACAGAUCAGCUGUUGAUCAGAAGCAGAAAACCCUGGAGCUGAUUAUAAAUGUGCUGCGAAUCGCACGAACCAAAGACCAUGAGAACAUUAUAUAACCUGAAUGUUCAAGAUCACAGCCUGAUGUACUUUACUCAUCUUUCAGACGUUGGUUUCAUUCAUUUUAAACCCUUUGAGUGGCAUUCAGUUGCCAUAGAUAAACGUGUUAAAGCAUUUGCUUCAUCC